UGGCCAUAUUUCGAAUUACAAACAAAACUCAAACGACGCUUGGAAAAAGCCCGGCUUUUCUCGAGUGAUUUUCACAUAAAAAUAAGGGUUUAAUUGGAGAAAAUUCAGUGGAAUCGUGUUCACAAGACUCCCAGCAUCAUGAGUCGAAUGCAGUUCGACGAGAACGCAGAAAUUCAAACGGGAUUUCCGCGAAAGGGGCUCCUGCAAUCGGAGAAAAAGUCCCACAAAAAUGCCCUGGGUGAUCUCAAGAACACAAUUCACAACACCCCCAUGGGGGCAAUACCAAAGACCCCCUUUCAGGGGCGUACAAAGCCCAUUGCGAUCACUCCGACAAAUAUAAUGAAUGAGAAUUCUCAGUGGAAAGACAUUCGAGGCUCUAAAUUCCUGGGCGUCGGAUCUUCAAAUCAGUUUUCCCAGAAGAAGCCUACAAAACCCAAGAGAACCGUGCAGAAGGGCCCCAAGCAGAUUUCAGACUCAAUUAACUUCAAUCAUCUACCAGAGUCUAUUUUCCAGUGCCAGGAUCGCUCAGUUGCUGAAAUCUGGGCUGAAAAUAUUUGUCCAAAUGACACUGAGAUCUCCCAAAUUAUCCAGAUGACCCUAAAUCACGAGCCAAUGGAGAUUGCACCGAAGUACGUACCCUACCAGGAUGACGAACUCGUGAUGCCGCCCCCAUCUCCAGUUAAUAGCGCUGAUUUCCCGUUUGAACCCCCGCCGCUGGGCCAAACGCUCAUCAUGGAUCUCCUCGAUACUGCUUUUCAUCAACUCGACAUGGAGGAAUAGGCCGCGCGGGGGCUUGUGGACUUUGCCCCAUGUGGAUCAUUUGAGCUGCCUUUUUUAUAUCAGAUAAAUAAUUUAUUUUUUGCUUCCAUUAUUAUUACAGACAAUAACAUCAAUACUUUGGAGUUCCUUUGAAUUUAUAUUUCAAUAAAUUUCAUAAUGUGAAUUAAUCCCAA